AGACUCAAUAUGGAAAAAAUCAAUUUUACUGGGUACAAUUCCACCUUCUCAGCUCCUGGAUACUCUCAACCCUCUUGGAACCGACAAGGUCUGGUCCCUGCAGUGGUUUUUUCAUUUUGUUUUCUACUCGGAGUUCCUGGAAACAUCGCUGUAAUCAUACUCAAGCCUAAUUGGAAGCAUCUGUCCGAUCUGAGCCAAAGUUUGAUGCUGAAUCUGACUAUUUCUGACCUGAUCUGUCUGCUCACCCUUCCACUGUGGAUUUACAAUGAAGUCUUUGGAUGGACAUUCGGCCUUGUGGCCUGCAAGGUUCUAGCAUACCUUGUGUACUGUACAGUUUAUAGCAGCCAGCUGACUGUGACUGCAUUGAGCAUCCAGCGCUACCUUGUUGUUGUGCGUGGAUGGAGGUGCCAUCAUGUACGAAAAGGUGUGCUUCUUGGUUCACUUUGGCUGACUGCUGUUACAAUGUGCAUCCAUGCUGUGGUGACCGAACAGCUGACAACUGAGGACCAAUGGAUCCGUUGCAAACCUCAUUAUUCUUCUGAGGCAGAGUGGGUGUCUGUGCUGGUAAUUGAGAACCUGUAUGGACUUGUUUCAUUUUCUCUUGUCACAUUUUCAUACAUUUGUCUCCACAAGAAGGUUAACCGGGCAGCCUUUUUUAAUAAUCCACAGACAUCCAGAAUGGUCAUUAGUAUCAUUGCAAGCAAUUUAAUUCUCUUUGCUCCAUUUCAUGUGAUUAAUGUGCUGGGUGUGUUAGCUAUAAGUCUUAAACAUAUGAGUCUAUUAAAGUUUUGUACAGACAUCUGGGGCACAGUCAAGUCCCUUACAUUUGUAAAUAGUUCCCUAAAUCCCCUAUUGUACGCUUUUGUUUCAACCAAAAUUUGCUCUUUUUUAAAAAAUAAGGAACCAUUGCAGCAGGAGGAGAGAGUACCACAAACACCAGAUAUUGCUACGAUUGCCGACAUUUGA